AUGGAGCUCCCUACCCUCAAAAUCACAUUCCCAUUUGAACCUGGUGAGCCGUACGACAAUGAGGAGAGAUUCACCUUCUGGGACUCCCCCGAUACCAUCCAGUGGUUCAAGCUUAAAGGAUACCAUCUAUAUCGACGGAUAUACCUUGGUUGGGAUCCGGAAGGAUUGGAACUAGAACCAACCGAAACCAUGGGGCCCACCUUACCUCCCGACUCAAAUGAAGAAUUUAUAGAGGCUGAGUAUCCCUAUGCAUACCACGAUAUGACUACUACAGAUGCUCCAGAUGAAAAUUACAACGUUCCCUUGCGUGUGAUAGAAUCAACUGGUAAAGUCGUGUUCGCUCAGGAUUCCUGUAAAAGACACGUUGCAAUCAAACUUGUACGCGACGACACGGACGAAUACCGUAUUCUACGGUUUUUGAGUCAGCAAGACCAGAAAGCACUGAGGGACAACUGCAUCCUGCCUGUUUUGGACCUUCUACCUAUCGAAGGAUUUUGGUUUGCAAUCAUGCCGAGAUGGGGAACAGAUAUCUACGAACCUGCGCCCGGAAUUUUAAAAGAGGUUGUUGAUAUCAUGCAUUCAUGGUUAAAGCGGCGUGAAGGUCUUCGCCACGGCGGAAAAAUUCUGUACGGCCUCUAUGACUACGACUUCUCCGUUAUGCUACCAGCUGGAGUCGACCGACGGGAUUUCCGACUUCCCUAUGAUAGAUCUUGGGGAACGUUCAAUAUUGUCUACGACACCGCCGGGGGAGAAUGUGAUUAUGACCCAUUCGCGUUUGAUGUUGGGAUCCUAGGCGCAACCCUUUGCAAAUAUCAUCAGCAUCUGGCACCUGUACUUCCGCUUUUGGCCCCGUUACUUGAUAAAAUGACAACUUGGGACAUCAUCAAUCGUUUCACAGCAUCCGAAGCCCUGCAAUUUUUUGAAGAGAGACUGGCAGAGUUCCCAGAACAACUUCUUGAAGUCGGCAUACCCGAAGAAAUGAUUACUGGAAAAUAUACGACAUGCAAUAGAUGGGAGAACAUUCCCUGCAAUGUGGUGGAAAAAUGGAAAUGUUACAAGACUCCGCCUGUUUCCUGGAGGCUAAGGAUACUCCGUGCUUUAUACCGUCUCACAGCUACUAGGUGUCCCCACCUCAUGCCCAAAACAUGCUUGUUCUUUAUCCGUACCAAAUCGUUGAUCGCCCAUGCUUACCGGUCAAUAUUCCCUUCCAAGAUUGCAACCUGA